AUGGCUACCUGGAAAGAGAGGCACUACCUCUGUGCGGAGAAAUACAUACUAUGGCCGGGGUUUUCUCCCCGACCCUACCACAAACUAGCUACUCAGAAGCCUCCGCACACAGAUUCCAAGAUCAAAGUUCUCCAGAAGAUGCGUUGCCCUCUCGAGGAAGCUGUCCUUUGGCACAUCUGGGGCUACCACACCUGGUUGGAUGUUGGGAGGCUGCCCCCCAUCUACGGGCCCAGACCGGACGUGCCAUUCGAUAGCAACACGUGGCGAUGGAUCACUGCUCCCAGGAAGCCCUCCAUGGCUGAGCCACCGGUCCCACCUCCUUCCCUCUUGGAUGGGAACACCUACGCCAAAUUCAUUGAAGGGGAAGGCUUGUUUGUGGACCUCAGACAGAAGAAACGAGUCCUGAGCCUAACGCAGAAAGAAGUGAACAAGUGCGAGUACCUGAAGUUCAGGAGUGAGUGUCGGGCUCCACCUUUGGAUGCUCAAGGGAACAUUAUACCUCCCAAAAUGCUCAGCAGGUACAGACAUCUGCUUCCAGGAAAACCCCCGGCUUCCGUCUGUGUGGCGCUACAACCUGUGGUAUCUUCUUCUCCAGAAUGUUGGCAUUAUCCCUGUCCGAGUUUUCAACCCCAUUACCAAGACUCGGCCGUUAAGUUUGCGCUGAAGAACAGCGGCCCCAUUUACCAGGAUGUGGUGGAGAAAUACCAGGAACUGGUCCUUUCUGGGAGCCCUAUACGGUGUCCCACUCCAGCCAGUCAAAUAAACAGACAAGCCUAA